GGCUUGGGGAUAACUGUGUGUCUAAACCAUCGAUUGCCCUUUCCCGCAAAGAGUUAUCGUACCUGCGCAAUGGUGUGUAAAUGUUUUUUUUUUUUUUUUUGUAAACAGCGCAUGUGUGAUGUACGCGAAAAGUUGUAUAUAUGUAUGGGUCCCUUGCUCGAAAUAAAGAUUGCUGCAAGUUAGCGCCUGUGUGUGUCACGUCUCACUUUCGUCCUUGUCUUUUUCACACGCUAUAAGCCUCACGACUUCUUACCAACAAGCCCAAAUCACUGCUUUACUUCAUUCUUAUGCCUGUACAAUAUCGUGCGUUCAUCUAACUCUGGCGGGCAGUUACAAUCUCGGCAAUGUAGGGAAAGAUAAGAAGGUGAUCCACCGGUUAACGACCUUUUAUGUUUCAUUUAUCUUUUUAUUUAUAUUUAUGUUUCCUUUAUUUUUAUCCCUGUAUGACAGAUGUGUCUUACCAGACCUCAAGUACGGGGCAGAAACCUGGAGGCUUACGAAAAGGGUUCGUAAGCCGUGUUAAGCCAGCACCGACAGAAGCGACGCCCAGCAUUGGACGCUACCAAGUAUAAGAAGAGCACCGGAGGCGAUGUCCUACCAUUCUUGGCAGCAGUAGCGGCGUGUCGACAAGCGCUAAACCUCUGUUCUGCAAAUUGCAGCGGCUGUUCUCUCCUCUUAUGCUACACAAAAGCAAACAAGCCUGAUGAUGCCAGAGAUCAGCAUCCCAGUGCUUCCUACCAGUUCGGCUGCCGAUGUGCAUAUGCCAGUAAGUGAUGGAGGGGGCAUGGAGGCUGGAUCAUCGUGCAUUGAAGCUGGGAGUGGUAAGUAUUAUUACUUUUUUCUUAAGCCCUACAUUUACUGUUCUUUCAACUUUAUAGGUGGUAGAGAUGCAAUUCUGCAUAGAAGCUUGUCAGCCACUGCACCAGCACCAAGUGACGGGAAGGCACCAGCUCUGGCCAGACCAUCGGGCACCAGGAGAGGAGGUGGUGCUGCUGAGUGGACAGAGGGACAGACGAAGCUGCUGCUAGAGUACUACUACAAGUACUUCUCGCAGAUUGGUCCGUUCAAGAAAUUUAAAAACAAAAAACAGGCUUUCAAGCAAAUCUCCAUGGACGUUGAAGCUGUACUUGGCAUCAAAAAAACAGCAAAGCAGUGUGAGAACCGGUACAAAACUAUGAUCAGACGUCGCAAGGCUGCCUCGGACAACAACAACAGAUCUGGGGCAUCACCGACUCCUGUGCCAUUUGACGACGAGAUGCGUAAAAUAGAAACUAUUGAUGAUAGCAUUGAACCAGAAGUGCAAAGAGAUGCAUUGGGGGUUGGUUUCAAGGACUCGGCGAAAUCUCCAGCACUAGUCUCACCAAAUGCAGAUAGCAUUGAGAAAAAUGAAAGCCAGUCACCAAAUGCUGAUGUGAAACCGCGUGCAAACAAUACACGCUUGCAACACAUGCAACUGUGUUUUUUUUUUUUCUGAAAUGAGGGCUAUUAAUAAAGAGCGUGAGUGUCGGAAAGCAGCCAGAGAUGCCGAGAAAGAAAAUCGCAGAGCCAAAAGGCAGGUUGAGCGACAGGCACUUCUUGAAGAGCGGCGCAAGAUGCACGAUGAGCGAAUGGAAAUCCUGCGUCAAGCCUUCGGUCUUCAGCAAUAAAAUAUUUCAUACACAGGA